AUGUUCCCGACGGGAAAUCAUGAUACUGCUAUCAACACCGCCAUUCAUCUGUCGCUCGGUCGUACCUCCGUCACGGCUAAGGCUACGCCCUUCGCGGAGUAUAUGUUCAAAGCCAAACCCUAUGCUCAGAGUUACGUGCCCCCUCCCCCCCUGACUGGCUAUUGGGCACGCCCCACCGACCUGACUCCGAUUAUCAGGUAG